GAAAUCGAGAGAAAUAUCGAACGCAGAAAAGGAAGGAAGGAAGGAAGGAAGGAAGGAAGGAAGGAACAAGAAAGAAAGAAAAAAGAAAAUUUACGCGUUAACCUAUUUUCUUAUCAUCCGUCAUCAGCCAUCUUUCAAAAACAAAGAUCGACGUACGUACGUCCGUCAAAAAGAGAUAACGCGUAUCAAUAAACUUCGGACAGAAUUGCUGGUUAUAUAGAUAUUUGAUAGAUAAUGACAAACUAUUAUCAUAUAUAUUAUUAUGGAAAAGAUCGAUUACAUCGAGGGACCCAAUUUGUUGAAGGUGUCAAUUUGUAAUCCACGAAUUUUAAAUCGGAUUGCACAUGUGCCGUAGUCGUUACAACUUACAACACUACUUGCCAUAGUAUUUGGAUGAGAAGAAUACUUGGACGUUGGACGAAUGAGAAACGACAAAAUGGAUACUAAAACUCUCCGAAUCGUUUCUGGUCUUCUUUUUUGCAUCUUUUUGGGCCCACAUGUCGGACAGGCGAAAAAUGGACCGAAUUAUGGAAGAGAGAUCGGUUCGUUUCAAGAAUAUGCACACGGUAUCAAAGGGAUUAUAUAUGCCGCAGACGAUAGUACGAUAUUCAUAAAAGGAUUCUCUUAUGAUGGAAGGGGUCCAGACGCAUAUUUUUGGGUCGGUAAUAGUACAAGACCUAGUCCUGACGGCUACAUCGUACCAUAUCCCGAAGAUUACAAGGGCAGAGAUCCACCAGUGUUGAAGGCGUUCGACAAUACUGAUAUUGUCUUAAGGUUGCCACAAGGGAAACGCUUGCGAGACAUUAAAUGGCUAAGCGUAUGGUGCAGGAGAUUUACCGUCGACUUCGGUGACAUUUUCAUUCCAUUGGAUUUAGACAUACCAAAGCCACGAGUUUUGCCUGAAUUUUCAAGACUGGCGCACGGCCUUCGUAGCGGUAAUAUCAGCAUCCUCGAUAGCAAAACCAUCUAUAUUCCCAAUUUGCAUUACGACGGUGCUGGUCCAGAUGCCUAUUUUUGGGUUGGAAAUGGCUCCGAGCCACAUAUUUUGGGUGUUAAAGUACCCAACGAAGUAGGAAGUUUGGAACCUUUAAGAGGAUAUCAAGGAGAAGACAUAGAGAUAGUUCUUCCAGAAAAUUUGACCGCCCAUGAUAUCGACUGGUUAGCUGUAUGGUGCGUCCAAUACAAGCAAAACUUUGGACAUGUUCUAAUACCAAAGGAUCUCGACGUACCUCCUGCUCUUGGCCAAACGAAAAUUACGCCGCACUGGUGGUACAAACCGACAAGCAGUACGUCCGAGCCGCCUACGUCCAAACAAGGAUUAAGCAAUUGCAAGGAGUUGCUCGAAGGACGUGUACAGGUGCAAUGGGAGUUGAUGGGUGAGGACGUGCAGAUUCAAGUUUCAGGUCGUAUCAAGGAGGACCAAUAUGUAGCAUUCGGUCUAUCCGGUGAACAGGAUAAGCCUGAAAUGCUCGGUGGCGAUGUCGUUGUCGUAGCUUACAACAAGAAGACAGGGAAAUUUAUUGCCGAGGACUAUUACAUGUCUGAUAUUUCUCAAUGCGAUGGGAAAAAGGGUGUAUGCCCUGACGAAAGGGUCGGUGGUAAAAACGAUGCAAUUUUUUUGCACGGUGAAAGAAGGAACGGCAUUACAACAGUAACUUAUAUGCGACCCUUACGCACGAACGAACCCGAAAAUGACAGGAUGAUCCCUGAAUCCGAAACCAGCGUGAUCGCUGCUAUUGGUUCUCUCAAUUCAAGGGGAGAAGCCAACGCUCAUCAGGCUUUCGACGUGACUACCGAGGAUAUACGUAUCGACUUUACGUCGAAAAAUGUCCACGAGUGUACUAAUUCCCUAUACAACAUCCCCAACACGUCUGACAUUGAACCCUGGCCACAAGCCGUGAUCAACGAUGAAGAUACCUUCAGUGCUAGGAUUGGACCAACCGGUGGAAUGAGAGGAUAUUCGCGUAUAACGGGUGAACCAUCAUGGGGUAUCGCAUGGUAUAUCAAUGAUCUAUUAAUACCAAAGAUCACUGUUGAAAGAGGACGAUCCUACACAUUUAUCGUAGAAGGUGGAAACGAUCCUGUCAAUCCGGCCAGAUAUCAUCCAUUUUACAUAACCGACAGCCCUGAAGGUGGUUUUGGACAAAAAACUGAAUCUCAACAAAGACAACAAAGAGUGUUUGCAGGUGUGGGAUACGAUAAUGAAGGAUAUCCUUUUCCAACUGCAGCUGGUCGUUAUUGCGAAUGGGUUCAUAAGACAACAGACAAAAGUAAAGAAUCUGAAACGUUCAAAGCCUUUUUCCAAACAUUAAGAUUGGAAUGUGAUGAGGGUGAUCCUGCUAAACUCGAAUGGACUGUACCAGAUGAUGCACCAGAUCUAUUAUAUUAUCAGUGUUACUCGCACAACAAUCUUGGUUGGAAGAUACACGUCAUCAACCCCGGCGAAAGACCUCAAAUAAAUGCCAGUGGUUUGAAGAAACAUGCUUCGAUAUCGACAAUAAUAAUUGCCUCUAUCAUCGCAUUUGCGUUCUUAAGAUGAAUCAAAAACGAAUCAAUUCGCCGUUCCUUAUAUAUUCUCUUUAAGGCAUUAUUGCUCUCGUGCUAAUAAGAAUAAUAAUAAGAGAAAGAAAAAGAAAAAUAUAAGAAGAAUUCAUCAGAAUUAAUAAUGAAUAGUGACAAUAAAAUGGACAAAAAGAAAGAGAAAGAAAGAGAAAGAAAGGGAGAGAGAGAGAGAGAGAGAAAGAGAGAAAAGGAAGCACGAGAGAAAAAUUGUAAAACGACAAAACAAACAAACAAGAACAAAAAGAAAACAAAAAUGAAAUACGAUACAAGGUUGUAAGAAAGUCUUUAGUUUGUAAGAAAUUUAAUUGUAUACAAAACAGAUUAGAAAAGUAUUUUUAAGACCUAUCAGAUUCAAUAUUUCGUAUUAUACGAUAUACAUACAUACAUAUAUGUAUAUAUAUAAAUAUAUAUACAUUCAAGA